AUGACGUCGUCCGACGGGGGCCAUCUAACCAAGGAAAGAAGACACAGCAGCCCAGAUCUAGACGAGAACUUCAUCGCCGAGUGUUACUCACAGCUAACCAACGACGAUGCAUCACCUGACAUUACCCUGCGACAAGCUAACCUGCGAAAUCUUGUCCAAUCCAUUUCACCAUGGGAACUGCUAUACCUGAGAUCCCUGGUUCGGAAGACGACCCCCAAGUUUGCAGAUCUGCCCGACCUUCCCGAAGAGAUAGUUGCCACAAUAUCCGCCAGCCUUGAUUAUCAAGAUGUCCUCAACUGCACAAACGUCUCCAAAGGAUGGCGCAGGGCGUGGACGACCGAUAUAGUUGCCAGCGACGUUGCACGAGCCCACUUUGCCGGUCUCGUCGAGUCGCAUCCCGACGUAUCGCCCUGGUCACUGCUCCGGCCUCUCGCCGCAAAGGCCGCUGCUCGUAGACAAGGAAAAUACAUAUCGUCUCUCCAUAUCGCCACGUCAGGCUCUUCCCUGCUCGAAUGCACUGCACUAAAACUUGACGAUCGCGCUCUUGAACACGCCAAGAACAAAGCCGCUCCAGCAGGGCCGGUUGCUCCUUAUAGCUACGCUUACUGCGAUGGGAAGAUUGCAUGGCAAUGGGACCCUUACAGCUUCUUCAUUGACGACAUCCGCAGCAUGACCAGGACUUUGGUGUCACCCCCAGAUCUAGUCGUCAGGGGCGAAAAAGACUUCGUCGUGUCAGCGCUGACGAACAAGCUCCUGGCUCUUGCUAACGAUAGAACAGAAAGAUCACUCAUUGUUUACCACCUCGAGAAGAAUCAGUACCGGCGGGUUGUGCUUCCAUCCCGCUUGUACGGGGUCAAGGAGGGGAUCCACCUCCACAAAGAGUGUAUGUUGGUCAUUUCCAGAGACGAAGCAAAAUACCAUUUCUGGCGUUGGGAACGCGGUCUUAUCGAACUCAAGAUGCCCGAUAUGCUCAAAACCUCACUAUACGCCGCCUGGGACCCUGCAAUGCUGAACUUUUCCAGCAAUGUGCUCUUUGCUUGCCAUCCGACCAAAAGCAGCAUUUUCUACCUCAUGGAUGGCUUUCUUGUGAAGACUUCCCAGACGGAUAUAGAAGCCUACGAGCGUGCUGAACCUCAAAGCUUCGUAAUCAUCGUUCAAAAAUUCAAUGAUACAAAGCACGUACAGACAUUCAGCUACGAAACUAGUCUGACCACCCGAUCGGACUUUUGUGUCCCAGUUUAUUGUCAGCCGGUGAAUGCUUAUGGACUUUGCAGCCUUAGCGUAUAUUACGAAGACCCACCCUACGGCAUCGUCGACUCUGAGGCCCCUUGUGCGGAGUCUGCAGAAACACCACGAAACAUGAUUUUUAGUCGAAUCAACUUCAACACCAUCAACGAGACAUUCUCAUGCACUGCACAGGAGCUCAAAGGCAUGCGCCGGCCACUUUGGGACUUCUCGUCUUGCUCAUUACCUGAACGUGAGGGUGGUGUCGUUUGGAACGAUGUCAUAUACUACAUACAAAACCAUACCACCAUGGAGGAGGCAACCGGUACGCCCUGGUUUUGGAAGACUGGAGUUGGAAUAUCGGGUGUCAGAUCACUUUGCGUCGCCGACAAGUCAUCAACACAGGUCAUCAACGAAGAUUCUCCUUGGUUUACCGAGGAGGAGGAUCUCUCAUAUUUGAUGACGGGUGGUUGGCGAGGUAUUGCAGUGGACGAUGAUUUCUUGGUUGCAAUCUCCAACAACGGGAAGUGGGUUGCCCCGUUCAAGGCUGCCUUGCACUGGUAUGUUGCCACUAGAUCGAUGGGGUAG